ACAAAUCUCAACCAACCAACAGACGGAUAGGCGUGGUAUUAAGUCAUAUGAUAUAUGAGGAACUACACGGUUCUAUCUUAGAUAAAGUUACGAAGCUGCUUGGGCUAUAUCAACUUUUUUGUUUUCUUCUGCUAUCGUUAUUUUUUAAUUGAACUUGUGGUAUAAAAUACCAGAUUUUAUCGUCUGUUGAUAGUUUAUGAAACAAUGAAAAGCUAUUUCUGCAGUACUCUGCUGUUUUUUUCUUUUCUGGUGUUGUGGGAAUUUGGAAUUGGGGGAAAAAAUUUCUUCCUUAUAAAACAAAAGUUGUACCAGUAUCGUUCUCUGCGUGCUAUGAAGGAGCUAUACUAUUUGCAGCAUUUGCAACUGGGACAAGCUCCGGCCAACUGGAACAUUCCAAAAGAGGCUUUUUUCACACAGCCUCUAGAUCAUUUCAGCCGACAGACAAAUGCCACUUAUAACCAGAGAUACUGGGUAAAUCCAGAUUUCUGGAAUUCCCCAAAUGGACCUGUGUUUCUUCAUAUUGGUGGAGAGGCGGCCCUUUCAGAAUAUUCUGCUCUGGCAGGUGAACAUGUAGAGCUGGCAGAGAAAUAUGGUGCCUUGGUGGUAUCUGUAGAGCACAGGUAUUAUGGUGCAAGUAUCAACCUAGAUGGACUAACUGACAAAAAUAUCCGUUUUCUUUCCAGUCAGCAAGCGCUGGCAGACCUAGCAGCAUUCCACUUCCACAUAGUUCAGCAGUACAAUCUGACGAGGAACAACACGUGGAUCUGUUUUGGAGGAUCAUAUCCUGGCUCCCUCUCUGCCUGGUUUAGGCUAAAGUUUCCUCACCUGGUUUAUGCUGCCGUUGCCUCCUCUGCCCCAGUAAGAGCUGAGAUGGACUUUACUGGAUAUAACAAGGUGGUUUCUCAAAGUCUGUCUGAUCCUGUAGUUGGAGGAUCACCAAAGUGUAGGCGUGCAACAGCAGAGGCAUUCCACAUAGUGGAGCAGAUGGUGAAUGAUGGGAAGUUCGCACAGCUUACAGAAGAUUAUAUGGCAUGCGAGCAGCUCACAAGUGAAGAUUGUGCAGAAUUUGUCAGUGAUCUGGCUGACAUAUUCAUGGGGGCAGUGCAGUAUAACAAGGAAGCUCCCACUUAUAACAUCGCCAAAUUUUGUAACAUCAUGAGUAACAAGUCAUUGGGCACCACUUACAGCAGACUAAUUGUUGCAGUUAAGCAAUACAUGGAAGAUAUGAGCCUGCAUUGUAUGGAUUACUCUUACAAAAAAAGCCUUGCUGAUUUAAGGAAUACAACAUUUUCUCCAGUUGGGGUCGGUUUGCGACAGUGGUAUUACCAAACCUGUACAGAAUUUGGCUACUACCAGACCUGUGAAGAUGAGAGCUGCCCUUUCUCUCGCCUUAUGACACUGGAAGCCCAGCUGGACAUUUGUUCCAAGGUGUUUGGGAUUGAUCCCAAGAGUGUAGAGCAAGCUGUGAAGUUUACCAAUGAGUAUUAUGGAGCUGACCACCCCAAAUCCAGCAGAAUCAUCUUUGUAAAUGGUACAUUGAUAUGAUCCUUUGACACCACACAUUUGUAG